AAGAUUCUAGUUCAAUAAAUAGCUGCUCAUUAUGUGGUAGGUGUUAGUUAUAUUGAAGUUCAUUGCAAAUUAGACUACCGGCAAUGCAUUCAUGUCUAGACGGUUGCCAUGCGUCAUAUACAUGGUGUCUAAAAUUAUCUUCAUCAUUUUUGUCAGUUUCAGACAUUCCCAUGAAGAUAAAUUAUUUCUUAUGGAUUCCUCACAAUUUUUGUAGAUAAAAUAAUUCCUCUAAUUUUUAAUACUUUGAAUAUUCUUUUUCAAACCACUGUACACACUGUACUAUGUAUGUUAUUCGGUAUACGCAUAGUAUUUAACAUGCUACCACUUCCCGGGUUCUGUGAUGAAUCCAUGAUUAAUGUGUUCUAAACCGCCGGUUGUAUAUCUUGACAGUAGAUAUUUUUAAAUUAACAUUAUAGUGAUUACAACUGUCAAAUUUCAACGUCGUUAAUCAGAGAAACAUAUUAUAGUGACAAUGGCUGACGAAACAGAGCAAGUUCCUGCAAUCAAUGUCAAAGAGCCACUGGAUCUGAUUAGAUUAAGUUUGGACGAACGUAUUUAUGUUAAGAUGCGGAAUGAAAGAGAACUUCGUGGGAGACUACAUGCUUACGAUCAGCACUUGAAUAUGGUGCUGGGAGAAGCAGAGGAAACCGUGACGACUGUUGAAAUUGACGAAGAGACAUAUGAGGAAGUUUAUCGUACUACUAAAAGAAAUAUUCCUAUGUUAUUUGUACGAGGUGAUGGUGUCAUACUAGUAUCUCCACCUAGUAUGAGGGCUCCGAUGUAAAAGAUUUUCAAUAGAAAUAUUUUUGGAGUAAAUAUUUUUUCAUUUUCUAAAAA